CUUAAUGAUUAUUUAUUGUCAAAUGUCACUAAUGUCAAUGUAAGUUACCAGUUACUGCUUAUUGCUACCUUGUAAUAUUGAAUUUUGCCUUGUAAAUGUAUCUUUAGAGUUUAGAUUUUCCAAUCCAAAGGUAACAACCCCGGUUUAAACCUGAAUUUUCAUGUUCAUCAACACAAGACUUCCUACUACAGAAACGUAUGUUGUGAAUUCUAAUAGAUAAAAGAUUAUUGAGUGUCAGAAGACAUGAUAGGUCCAAAAACAUUUUGCUUUGUUUGUCGAGUUCCUCUUUAGGUAAAUAUGUGCUCACCUAUUGUUUAUAAAGAAUUCCAUGAUAUGGUUAUACCUGUAUGUGGGUUUUUUUAUUUAUACACCACCAACUUUGCUUAGAUAAAGGCUGUGAGGAUGAUGCCAGUAAAGGACAAUCAGGAUGUGGCUUGCUUUUUUUGCACCAAGCUCACAACAUGGAAGGGAAAGUACAAGAGAAUAUUUUCUGUGGGUACAACAGGAAUAACUACCUACAACCCAAGUAACCUUGAAAUCACCAAUAAAUGGGCUUAUGGCGAUUUCAUUUCCAUCACCCCCAUGAGGACAGGAAGCCCAUAUGAAUUUCAGAUAAUGAUGAAAAAAGAUCGAAAGAUUGACAAGAUGACAUUCUCUUCAGAACACAGAACUCACUUAUUGACAGAAGCUCUGAAGUUCAGAAAUUGCUUCUCGGAAAAACCCAAAGAAAUAUUGCGAUAUCAAGCCUACAAACAUCACUGGUCAGAUGUAAGACUUCCUGUCAUUCUAGAAGUCACGUCAUUUUCUCUCGACCAGCUGGAUCCCACAACUAAUGAAAUUCUUGCCAGUUAUCACUUCAAAGAUUUUGAGGGAAUUUGUACUGUGUCUGAUUAUCCAGGAGGUUUUGUAAUCGUUUGUGGUGGCUUUGGUCGCCUUCACCUAUUUCAAGCUGUGGAUUAUGAAGAAAUAAAAAUCAAAUUAUUAGAAUCUGCUACUGCGAAUAUAGGAUUAAACAUCAAGGUUCUCAGUACCCCCAUAACUUUGGAAGACUUUCAGAGAGAGAGACUAGGAAAAUACUGCGAUGACGAACACAUUACAGCAGUGUCCGAGUUUGCAGUGUACAAAAUCCACAAAGCAAGACAUUCAGAUCCCGUUCGAAGGACACUUUGUCUGUCAGAGACCUGCAUUCUGGAGAGAGAUCCCCAAACAUACAGUAUUUGCACCCUACAACCCUUGAGUAAUAUUUUUGCCUUAGUUAGAGACUAUACAAACCCCCAGCAGUUCACUAUCGAGUAUCUGAGUGGUCAGAGCAGAACGUAUACAACGACAGACAGGGACUCACUUCUUGCUUCCCUUCUUGAUGGAGUGAGAGCGGCAGGUAAUAAAGACGUCCACGUAACCAUGGUUCCUACUGAACGAGGCCUGAGAUUGGGCCCCUUACACUUGCCAGUGGAGGAAGAGACUGAAAGCUUGCACUUGAAAUUGUUGAUGAAUCCACCUCCGUCAAGGCCUUUUUCUCAGUGUGUCAGACGUUUCAAUGCCAACAUACCUUACAGCGGACUUUUGUACAGUAUUUCUCAGGAAGGAAUAUUUUCGGAAAACAAAGAGAAACUCAUUACUAGCGUGUUGCAAUAUCUGGUAUCGAAAGAGGGAGAACAAAAAACGACCAGCCUGGUGGAACUCGAAGCUCAGUUUCAAGCUCUGAGACGGUUGGUGGCUAGCAAGGUGGGAUAUUCGUCAUUCACAAAGUUACCAGGUUUCAGAGAGGCAGUAGGUCACAAAGUCAUUGCAGCAUUGAAAACGAAUGACUAUGGUGUAACGCAAGCUGCCAUAGAUGUGAUAUGUGCCUUGAUGCAUCCCAUGCAUGAGGACUACGACUUGAGGCAAGAGCAACUGAAUAAAUCGUCCAUACUGCAAACCAAACCUUUUUUGGAGAGUCUUUUGAAUAUGUGGACUAUGCACAUUGCACAGGGAACAGGAGCCUUGAUAGUAUCAGCUAUGUUGGAUUUUUUGACAUUUGCCCUUUGUGUACCAUACAGUGAAACUACAGAUGGAAAACACUUUGACAUACUUUUGGAAAUGGUUUCCGAAAGGGGUAGAAUGCUGUUUCGGUUGUUUCAGCACCCCUCUUUGGCCAUAGUGAAAGGAGCAGGUCUGGUUAUGCGAUCUAUCAUAGAAGAGGGUGAGUCAGAAGUAGCAGAAAAAAUGCAAAAUCUAGCUUUAGCUGAAGGAGCUCUUCCGCGCCAUCUACUGGCUUCACUUUAUACUCAAGGGACCGAUGGGAGAUUACUGACCCACAGACAACUCUCCCGACAUCUCAUCGGACUCUGGGUGACAGGCAAUCCCACUGCAAUGGGUCUUCUCAAAAGAAUCAUGCCUACCGGUUUGAUAGUCUUCUUGGACUCAAAAGAUCAGAUUCCGAAAGAAGCCCUAGAGCAAGAGAUGCUCAACAACAGGGACAACCUAAAAUUGGCUCAAGAUCAUGCAAACAGGUCUAAAAAAAAUCCAAACUGGGUGGCAAUUGAAAGGCAGUUGAAAAACGUCGAAAAAAGGGUGGAGCACUACACAAAUCUUGCUCUUCAGCAUUGGGGUACGAGGGUGGGAAUCACUAUUAAAAGAGAUGAGAAGAUCAAAGAAAGACCGAUUGUUUUGAGAAGGAGAAGAGAAAGGAAGAAAGCAGAAUCGAACUGGCCCCUUUUCUAUUGGAAUUUCAACCAGGAUCACGCUCUACCGAACCUGAUAUGGAAUCAUAAGACUAGGGAAGAGCUUCGAAGUGCCUUAGAAGCUGAAGUGAGGAACUUUACUUCUGAUAGAGAGUUGGCCGGUUUGGCUCUGGUAGCUUGGAAUCACCAAGAAUUUGAAGUGAGUUAUGCUUGUCUUGCGGAUGAGGUGAAGAUUGGAGAUUACUACUUGAGGCUGCUCUUGGAAAUCAAUGACGAUGACUCUCCUAUUCGUAGAUCGUACGAAUUUUUCAAUGACCUCUACCACAGAUUUCUAUUAACAACCAAAGUCGAAAUGAAGUGUAUGUGCCUCCAAGCUAUGUCAAUUGUCUAUGGACGAUACUACGAAGAUAUCGGGCCUUUCAGUGAUACAAAAUAUAUCAUAGGAAUGCUGGAAAGAUGUAUAGACAAGCAAGAACGCGACAGACUGGUAAUGUUCAUUGAAAAACUGAUUUUGCACCAUCGAAAUGUCAGGGAAGUGCUGGAAGUGGGCGGAGUUCAAAUUUUAGUGGACAUAAUGACGUUGGCACACCUACACACCUCUAGGGCUGUGAUACCUACUCAAACCAACGUAAUCGAAGCCGGCGCCGAUAUGAAAAUCGCCGAAGAGAAACAAUGGUAUUAUAACACAGACAAAAGAAGAGAGGGACCUGUUACAUUCAGUGAGUUGAAAGAACUGUUCGAGAAGGGACAAGUGAAUCAUAAAACUAAAUGUUGGGCUAUGGCAGUGACAGGAUGGCGUCCACUUUCUCAACUUUCCCAGUUGAAAUGGUGCCUUUUAGCUAAAGGAACUCCUGUUCUCAAUGAAAGUGAACUAGCUACCUAUAUUCUAAAUAUUCUCAUAAAGAUGUGUCAGUAUUACCCCAGUCGAGACGCAGAUGACGCAGUGGUGAGGCCUCUACCAAAAGUUAAAAGAUUGCUCUCCGAACACACUGUCCUGGCGAAUGUUGUGCAAUUGCUUCUAACUUUUGACCCGAUACUCGUAGAAAAAGUCUCAACACUUUUGUAUGAGGUUAUGAAAGACAAUCCGGAAAUAUCAAAGCUUCACACCACUGGCGUAUUCUACUUUAUAAUGAUGUACACAGGUAGUAAUGUGCUUCCCAUUGCGAGAUUUUUAAAACUGACACACAUGAAGCAGGCGUUUAAGUCAGACGAGGAAUCUUCAGCUAUUAUGCAGAAGAGUAUUUUGGGGAGGCUUCUACCCGAGGCGAUGAUUCAUUAUUUGGAAAAUUAUGAGGCCGAGAAGUUUGCUCAGAUUUAUUUAGGAGAAUUUGACACUCCGGAAGCCAUAUGGAACCAUGAAAUGAGGCGAAUGUUGAUAGAGAAGGUAGCUGCUCAUAUUGCAGAUUUCACUCCCCGAUUGAGGGGUCAUACAAUGGUCAGAUACCAUUACAUACCAAUUCCUGCUGUUCGAUAUCCUCAACUGGAGAAUGAACUGUUUUGUAACAUAUUUUAUCUAAGGCAUCUCUGUGACACUACCAAAUUUCCAGAUUGGCCUAUACCAGAUCCGAUUCAAUUAUUGAAAGACGUCUUGGAAGCUUGGAAAUCCGAGGUGGAGAAGAAACCUCCUCAGAUGACUAUCAGAGAUGCCUACGAAAAUCUGGGUCUCGAAGACAAACAUCACGAUGAGGCAACUGUAAGAAAGGCCUACUACAGAUUGGCUCAACAGUUUCAUCCUGAUAAAAAUCCGGAAGGAAGAGAUACUUUUGAGAAAGUUAACCAAGCGUACGAGUUUCUGUGUAGCCGCAGCAGUUGGGAUGGUGAUGGCCCCAAUCCUCACAACAUAGUAUUGGUGUUACAAACUCAGAGCAUCCUGUUCAAAAGGUAUUCCGAAGAAUUGCAACCGUAUAAAUACGCCGGCUAUCCUCAGUUAAUAAAAACAAUCAAAAUUGAAACCGCAGACGAACAACUGUUCUCUAAGAAUGCCCCGUUACUCACUGCAGCCUGCGAGCUGGCCUACCACACGGUGGACUGCUCCGCUUUGAAUGCCGAGGAGCUCAGAAGAGAAGACGGGCUUGAGGUAUUGCUCGAAGCUUAUACGAGGUGCGUUAACGUCUUGAACAACUCUUCAAAACCAGAUGAAGUGCCUGUACAGGUCUGUAUGCACAUCACGAAAUGCUUUACCGUAGCAGCCCAGUUCCCUGGUUGCCGAGAACGCAUGGUGGACUUGAAGCAGUUGAUCAGCGACUUGUGCAGGAUAUUGUAUUUCAAGCAUCUUACCAAAUUGUGUUCAAUUGCAACGGAAUGUGUCACCGCUCUUUCCCUAGACUCGAUCCUGCAACUAGAACUUUUGAAAUCAGGCGCUUUGUGGUCUCUUCUCCUCUACAUGUUCAACUAUGAUUUCACCUUAGAAGAAGGUGGUGUAGAGCGUAGUGAAGAUGCAAACAAACAAGAAAUCAGCAAUAGGUUGGCUAAGGAAUCUGUGAAAGCGUGUUCUGCGCUAGGAGGUUAUAUUGUGGGAGAUGGCAAACCUCCUCCCAACAAUCUCACCAGAGAGAUUCUGAAUACUCUACUCACACCUUAUAUAAGCGAUCAACUAGGAAACGAGAAAUCAGAAGAGAUAUUGAAGACACUGAACAGCAAUAGCUGCACUCCUUACUUAUUGUGGGACAAUGGAACUAGAGCAGAAUUGUUGGACUUUCUGGAAAGCCAAAGAAACAAUAGGAAUGAAAUCGAUUUGAACAUUUGCAGCGAUUUUACCUACUCUGCACAUUCUGGAGAACUUAAAAUUGGUGGCGUUUUUAUCAAAAUUUACAAUCAACAGCCUACUUUUCCCAUAAAAGACCCAAAGAGUUUCGUGAUAGAAUUACUGGGUUUCCUUAAAGAACAAUCACAAUAUCUCUUCAACCUAGUUAACAUAGCUUAUUCUGUUACCAUAGAAGAUAGGAUAAAAAAUACUGUGAUGGCUCUCGAAGCUCUAACGAAUGUGAUAAGAAACAAUACUAGUGUCGAAAUGCAGUGCAUCGGUCAUUUUAGACUCCUAUUUAGGUUACUAACCGUUAGCGAGAUACCCGUUCAAAAAGGCGCUUUGAAUGUCAUAUCCUUAAUAACGAGGAAUAACGAGUGCAUCAAUGAUAUCGCCGCCAGUGACGUCCUAGGUUAUCUCCUUCUGGUGUUGUAUAGCCUGCAAGAUUCUCAACUCCAAACCUUGGAAGCGCUAUAUGCUCUCAUGGCGACCACAAAAAUAGUGAAAGAAGCCUUGAACAAAGGAGCUGUGAUAUAUCUCCUAGACCUGUUUUGUAACUCGACGAACCCCCACGUCAGACAGUCUUGCGCCGAACUUCUUGCUAGAAUGAAUCUCGAUAAGUUGGUUGGUCCAAAAGUGAGGUUAGCUUUGGGUGCGUUUCUUCCGCCUAUUUUCGCUGAUGCCAUGCGAGAUAAUCCCGAGACAUCAGUGACUAUGUUUGAAUCUGCGCACGAACAUCCGGAACUCAUUUGGGACCAGGAAGCCAAGGAUAGAGUUUGCACGAUAGUUUCCAAGUUCAGAAGAGAGCAUCAAACAUCUCAAAUGUCCAAUCCCUCGGCGCUCUGGAAAAUGCCCGAUACUAAUGGUCUCACCAAUAUUGCUACGCCUAACGAAGUUGUGGUGGCUGGUGUUUAUCUUAGAAUUUUUAUCGCGAAUCCUUCUUGGACAUUGAGAAAACCGAGAGAAUUCCUCACAGAAUUGCUAGAGACUUGCCUGAAUAUGAUGAGUAAAGAUAAACCGAAUAUCGAACUGCUGGAACUUUGUACGACUUCCUUGUGUUCUCUCCUGCAAGCCCAACCUGCUCUGCUGGACCUGAUACCUUCCAUGGGACACAUACCACGUUUGUGCAGACAAAUGGGCUCCAAUAUACGACAAGUAGUGGUUCCAAAAUCGGCCAUUUCUAUUUUGAAUUCUUUAUCCAUGAGUAACAUUUGCAUUGGUGCUCUAGCUCAGACUGAGUGCAUGCAUCCUCUGAAACAGGCGAUGCAAGUUCGUAAGGAUAUGGUGGCUGUAGCUUGCGAAGCUCUCAGCAGGCUCUUUUCCAGUAAUCAGGAUCAACUGGUAAAACAAGCUCUAGAUGUGGAAUUCGUUCAGUUUUUACUCAGUCUCCUCGAGGCCAGAUUGGAUCUAGUCGAUAAUCCUGCCAUGACAAAAGCACAAAUCGUGAAAGCCUUGAAGUCGAUGAGCAGAAAUUUAUUGUAUGGCGAUAAGGUCAGCUCGAUUCUUGACAAAAGCACCAUAUGGUCAGAGUAUAAGGAUCAAAGACAUGAUUUAUUUAUUUCCAAUACUAACAUUGCCGGAUAUUUGACAGCAGGUACCCCUACCGCCGCAGGCUACUUGACGCAAGGUCCCAGCGCCAAGGUGAAUGUGGCACCUCCACCAAUCGGAAGAGAGGAUUCGCCCAUGAAAUCAGAUGGUCUUUGACUCGCCAUUG